AUGGAUGUAACGUCGAUAUUGACUGAAAAAUAUCCGAAUACGGAAAGAGCUGGUGGAAGUGGGUCAGUUGGGGUAUCUGCUGGAAAUGUGAAACCGCAAGCACAUGCAAAACGAAGCACCAUAUCAAGACAUUCAUCUAAAGAUGUUAGCGAGGAUGGUUGUUGCCUUGCUAAAAUAUUCCUCUCUAAUAUCGUCUCAUUUGCAACGAGGUCGCGGCGUAAAGGUGUGAAUGAAAGGUACCGUUCAGCACGACGGGUGUCAUCAAGUGGAGGGAAAAAUGCGAUCACAUGUAUCCAUGCUCCAAACUGUAAAUGUAAAGCACUAUCUGAAAUGGGAGUGUGUGAUUCUUUCGAUGAUGAAAUGAUCAGGCGACUUUCGAUGCUACCUCAAGGAAUGGGCAUAAACGAAUGGUUGGCCACACACACACUAUCUCUUUUCGAAAAUGUAAAUGCUUUAUGUGGAACAAUAUCAGAAGUAUGCACUCCGGUCUCAUGUCCUAUUAUGUCCUAUCCAGGUGUUCCGAAAGCACAUUGGGUUGAUGAAAGAAGGAAACACCAUCCAUAUUCUGCUAUGCAAUACAUCGAUUGUGUAUUAUCAUUCUGCGAAAAAAGUGCAAAGGAUGAGCGACUGUAUCCAACUAAAUAUGGAUCUGCUUUUUCGAAUAAUUUUGGAAAUCACUGCCGUCGUUUAAUACGGUUACUUUGGCAUAGUUGCGGGCACCUAUACACGAAUCACUGGGAACAGCUAGCUACAUUGAAUUUGCGGUCGCAGUACGGCUUGGUUUUGGCACAUAUGUAUUCCAUUGCAAAAAUGUAUGAUCUUCUGGAGAGUAAGGAACUGUCUGCCCUUUCACAUACUUUGCAGCUAGUGCGCCCAACAGUAAUGUAUCAUGGAUGUGGUCAUCAGAUGGUGCAACUCAGUGAUGGAUCCAACGGUCUUCAUUUCCCAUGGUCAAAAAGUGGUAGCUGGGGUGGUUAUCCCACGACCACCGCAUUGAUGUGCAAGCCUUACUCUCAAACUUGCUGA